UGCCAGUCAGGUGAUUAUCUACAUGGCGAACAAAGAUAUACAAAUAGUAGAAUUUUUCGAGUUUGUAACUUUGAAACUUCAAAAUUACAAUUUAUACCUACAGGAUUUUGGCAUUUUGGAACUCUAGUACUUUGAAAUUUUAGGAUUUUUGAACUUUGGGACUACAGAAUUUUGAAAUUUUUGAACUUUUGUCAUGCUAUAGCCAAUCAGAAUAAACCUGCGCAGUAUAAGCGAAAACUCAUUUGGCACUUUAUGUACAUUCUCUCUCAAAAUAAUACUUUUGACCCACGUGGUAUAAACCUCGGAAAGUUUUCACAACCAAUGAAAAGCUCUAAAACGAUUCGCUACAAAAUAUAAAAGCUUUGUAUGAAGACAUGUGUGGUUGAUAGUAGCGAAUAUAAUUAAUUGUACGAAGUGCAAAUUUUAUUUUAUAUAGAAUUAGAAUGAAAAUAAUUUAAUACUUCGUGUUAUAAUUCAAAUGUGUUGUAUUAUAAACAUUCAGUAAUUAAUAAACAAUUACCAUGGAAAACCAAAACGGUACAAUGGUCAAAAGCAAUAAUCCUGCUCCAACAGUGGAACAGAUUAAUGCUGACCGAAUAACUCAGCUUGCAAAUAAAUAUUGGGCACCACACACAAUGGAUUCACAUCUUCCUUUUAAUCCUCAAAUAGUAGAAGAUAUUUAUGUUCAAGAGAUAUGUGCCUCUAAGUUUUCCAUUCGAAGAAUUAUGAUGCUAGAGUUUAGUCAAUGUUUAGAAAACUUCCUGUGGCCAAACUAUGAUGCAAAAACUGCUACUCGUGCUCAUACAAUGUCCAUUGUUGUUAUGGUGAAUGAAAAAUUUCGAGAACGUGUGCAAGUUUGGGAAGCAUUUGAAAAGAAUCCAGAACAUUUCCCAGAAUUUUUCCAAAAGGUUUUGGAAGCAUGUCUUGAAGAGAGUAUAAUGGACUUUGAUUUAAAAGAACAGACUGCCUUGAUUGUUUUUCUCAAUCAUUGCUUUAAUUCUAUGGAGGUAUCAUUAGUCCGAGAACAAGUAAAAAGGCUUGUAUCUUUAUCUAUGUGGAUUUCACUACAGCAAGGCCGUAGAGAAUUAGAAUUUAGAAAAUAUCCAAAAUGGAGAAAAUAUUGGAAAGUGAUAAGGAAGAAAGAUAAUCCUGAGUGUAAAGAAAGACUGGAAUGGGAUCGCAAAUUCUUACACAGACUAAUGAUUAAAUUUAUGACAAUAUUAGAAACAAUUUCAAAAGAUGGGCCACUUUUAUCUGAUAAAGUGAGGUAUUGUGAGAGGUUUCUCGAACUAAUAAUAGAUUUGGAGGCCUUAUUACCAACUAGACGUUUCUUUAAUACUGUUAUGGAUGAUUGCCACUUGGUAGUACGAUGUCAGCUAUCUAAUUUGUUACAUCGACCUGAAGGAGGAUUGUUUGGUCAGUUGCUGGAGAUGUUGAAGUUUUACGCCAGGUUUGAAAUUAAUGAAGAAAGCGGGGACCCUCUUACGGAUCAUGAUAUGACACAGUUGCAUUACACCAAAAUCACUUCUCUUCAGAAAGCAGUUUUCGCGAAGUUCCCAGACUUGAGGAGUUUUGCACUGGCAAAUGUGGCGAGUGUCGACACGAGGGAGGCUCUUUACAAACAUUUCGUUUUGCUCAGUCAGGAGAAGUUAAGAUCCAUAGCUAGUUAUCUCAGCUUGGUACCAUCUGAAGAGCGAGAGAAAGAGGAGAAUUGGUAUCGUUACGAUGUGGAGUUUCUUCAGGAGUUAUUGAUUUCUCGGCAUGAGCGUAGAGCGUCUCAGUUGGAGGAGCUGAAUGAGAUGCCACUUUAUCCGACAGAGGAAAUUAUUUGGAACGAAAGUAUCGUGCCCACAGAGUACUUCUCUGGCGAAGGAUGUUUAGCAUUGCCGAAGUUAAAUUUACAGUUUCUUACUUUGCAUGAUUAUUUGUUGAGGAACUUCAAUCUUUUUCGACUUGAAUCUACCUAUGAAAUACGCCAGGAUAUAGAGGAUGCUGUGAGCAGGUUGAGUCCAUGGCGUGCCGAAGAUGGAGGUGUUUAUUUCGGUGGCUGGGCUAGAAUGGCUCAGCCGAUCACGCAGUUCGCUGUAGUUGAAGUAGCGAAACCUAAUAUUGGAGAGAAAAGACCAUCCCGAGUUCGCGCUGAUGUCACUAUAAAUUUGAGCGUUCGCAAAGAAAUAAAGUCCGAAUGGGAGAACCUUCGUAAACACGAUGUCUGUUUUUUAAUCACGGUGAAGCCUCAGAACCCGAUUGGUACAAAAUAUAGUCACAAACUACCUUUCGUUCCACAAGUUGGAUUGACUACGGUUCGAGGAUGUGAAGUCGAAGGUAUGCUAGAUUCAAACGGUAGAGUAAUCGAAGAUGGUCCUGAACCACGGCCGAUCUUGCCUGGCGAUACUCGAACAUAUAGGGUGUGGUUGGAUUCCAAUCAAUACAGAAUCGAUAUGGACAAUGCUAGUCACGGCGGUGAAGAUGUGUACGAGAGCUUUAAUAUUAUAAUGAGGCGUAAGCCGAAGGAGAAUAAUUUCAAAGCAGUAUUAGAGACCAUAAGAGAACUCAUGAAUACGGAAUGCGUUGUUCCUGAUUGGCUCCAUGAUAUUAUUCUUGGGUAUGGUGAUCCUGGAGCAGCCCGCUAUUCAAGGAUGUCAAAUGAAAUUCCAACAAUGGACUUUAACGACACAUUCCUCGACAUAGAUCACUUAAGAUCUAGUUUCCCUCAACAUGAAAUUGAAAUUUCUACUGAUGAUGAAUCAAAAUUGGUGCGACCAUUCCGUUUAACGUUCGAAGAUGUGCUAGCUAAACAUAAUAAUGAGCCCAUCAGAAAAGUGAUCAGAGUCGAACCUCAUGUACCACCUAGUCGAGGUCCUUACAAAGCUAAUGAGCCUAAGAAGAAUCAAAUUCCUUUCACACCGACACAAGUUGAAGCUAUUCGUGCUGGCAUGCAACCAGGAUUAACGCUCGUUGUUGGUCCACCUGGUACAGGAAAGACUGAUGUUGCUGUUCAGAUCAUUUCUAAUCUUUAUCACAACUUCCCCAAUCAAAGGACGCUUAUAGUUACGCACUCGAAUCAGGCACUUAAUCAGCUGUUUGAAAAAAUUAUGGCGCUUGAUAUCGAUGAAAGACAUUUAUUACGUCUAGGUCACGGAGAAGAAGCGUUAGAGACUGAAAAAGAUUUCAGUAGAUAUGGUAGAGUUAACUAUGUCUUAGCUAAACGUUUGGAUCUGUUAAUGGAAGUUCAAAGAUUACAGGAGUCAUUAAAUGUAAAAGGUGAUGUGGCAUAUACAUGUGAAACAGCGGGACACUUUUUUAUGUAUCAAAUAUUAGCAAGGUGGGAACGGUUUGAAACCAGAAUUAAACAAAGACUAGGAAAUAACCCACCUCCUGCUUACAUUAUCGAUGAGGAAUUUCCGUUUCACAAAUUUUUCGACAAUGCGCCAAAGCCAUUAUUUAAACGUAAUACGUUUGAAGAAGAUCUCGAAAUAGCACGAAGUUGUUUCCGGUAUAUUGAACGGAUUUUCGCUCAAUUAGAAGAAUUUAGAGCUUUCGAAUUAUUAAGAUCUGGUUUGGACAGAUCAAAAUAUUUAUUAGUUAAAGAAGCUAAAGUUAUCGCUAUGACGUGUACUCAUGCUGCACUUAAAAGACGUGAACUCGUAGAUAUGGGAUUUAAAUAUGAUAAUAUUCUUAUGGAAGAAUCUGCACAAAUUUUAGAAAUAGAAACUUUUAUACCAUUGUUGCUACAGAAUCCACAAGAUGGAUAUAACAGAUUGAAACGUUGGAUAAUGAUAGGAGAUCACCAUCAGCUUCCACCAGUCAUUAAAAACAUGGCCUUUCAAAAGUAUUCAAACAUGGAACAAUCCCUUUUUGCAAGAUUUGUCCGGUUGGGUGUCCCCACAGUUGACCUUGAUGGUCAAGGUCGUGCAAGACCUAGCAUCUGUAAUCUCUAUAAUUGGAGAUACAAAAAAUUAGGCAAUCUAACACAUGUGGAAAAGAGUUCAGAGUAUCUUGUGGCAAACGCUGGAUUUCUCUAUGACUUUCAGCUUAUCAAUGUGGAAGAUUUCAACGGAGUCGGAGAAAGCGAACCCAGUGCUUACUUUUAUCAAAAUCUUGCUGAAGCUGAAUAUUGCGUAGCUGUAUUCAUGUACAUGCGUCUUCUUGGUUAUCCAGCUGACAAGAUCAGUAUAUUGACAACGUACAACGGACAAAAACAUUUAAUAAGAGACGUAAUAAAUAUAAGAUGUGCCAGUAAUCCUUUGAUAGGUCGACCGAACAAAGUAACGACAGUUGACAAAUACCAGGGUCAACAAAAUGAUUAUAUAUUGUUAUCUCUCGUAAAAACUCGUGCUGUAGGUCACUUAAGGGAUGCACGCCGUUUAGUGGUUGCUAUGUCAAGAGCACGUCUCGGUCUUUAUGUUUUUGCAAGAGUAUCUCUCUUUAAGAACUGUUUUGAAUUAACACCUGCAUUUGCUCAACUAAUGCAACGACCACUAAAGUUGCAACUUCUUCCACAAGAACAUUAUCCCACUGAAAGACUCAACGAUGAAAUUCCAUCUACUCCACCAAUGGAAAUUGAAGAUAUGCCACAUAUGGCUAAAUUUGUCUAUGAUUAUUAUAUAGAAAAAGUUAGUGGUAUGAAAGAAUCACAAAAGGCGUGGCAGAAACCAGGCAUGGUACAACAACCCAAUAGUCCAAAUCAUAAAGUGCCUGUUCAUCCAGGAGCUGACGACGACACAGACGACGAAGAAUUUAAUCAACCAGAUGAUGAACAGUCGACUGUCAAACCAGAAAAUAUAGAACCAAAAUUUGAAUUAAUAAAAAAUUUAGUAGAAGACCCAGUUUCAGAAAGCGAAGACAAUGAUCGUUAAAAAUGAACUCGUACGUUCAUAAAUAAGUAUGGAUAGUAAUAAGCGAAUGUUUUUACGGAAAAUAACCAUCUUUUUAUUACAAUCAUAUUUAUUGUACAGUAACACGAUAUU